AUGUCAAUUUCAUCCUUAUCUCUGUCCGAUUCAUCCGACGAAGAGUUGGAAAAUAUAUGUCAAUUGGCAGAAACAUAUGCUCAAUUGUAUCAAAAAAUUGAGCAUAUCAACAAUGAAGAUGAGGGAAGCUCACGGCAACGUCGACGGAGAACAUACAUAGAGAGGAAUCGUGAAGAUGGUCAUACUCGAUUAUUCAAUGAUUAUUUUUCUGAUAACCCCGUGUAUCCAAGUUCUUAUUUUCGUCGUAGGUUUCGAAUGAGAAAACAUGUCUUUCUUCGUAUAGUAGAUCGCCUCUCCAAUGAAAUGGAGUUCUUUCAGCAACGGCGUGAUGCUACAGGAAGAGAUGGAUUGUCAUCAUUACAAAAAUGCACAGCAGCAAUACGUGUAUUGGCAUACGGCACAGCUACUGACACUGUUGACGAAUAUCUUCGUCUUGGAGAGAGCACCACAAGGGCAUGUUUGAAGCAAUUUGUUGAAGGGAUAUGUUCUCUAUUUGGUGAGGAAUACCUACGACGACCAAAUUCUACUGAUGUACAACGAUUAUUAUUUGUUGCAGAGACACGUGGUUUUCCAGGCAUGCUAGGAAGUAUUGAUUGUAUGCACUGGGAAUGGAAAAAUUGUCCGGCUGCUUGGAAAGGCCAAUUCGAACGUGGAGAUCAUGGCAAACCUACAGUUAUAUUGGAAGUUGUAGCCUCAUACGAUCUAUGGAUUUGGCAUGCAUUUUUUGGCACACCAGGUACAUGCAAUGACAUUAAUGUACUUGAUCGAUCUCCGGUAUUUAACGACGUUUUGAAUGGCAGAGCUCCAGAGGUUAAUUUUGUUAUCAACAACCAUCAAUAUAAUAUGGGAUAUUAUCUUACUGAUGGAAUUUACCCUCCGUGGGCAACCUUUGUUCAAUCGAUUCGUCUCCCUCAAGGUUAUAAAGCACAAUUAUUUGCGCAACAUCAAGAAGCGGUUCGAAAAGAUGUGGAACGUGCUUUUGGUGUAUUACAAGCUCGGUUUGCCUUCAUUAAAACUCCAUCACUUAUUUGGGAUAUUAAUUUACUAGGUAAAAUAAUGAGAGCAUGCAUCAUAUUACAUAAUAUGAUUGUAGAAGAUGAAAGGGACAGUUAUGUGCAUUAUUACGAUACAUCUCAAUAUGAUCAAGUGGAGACAAAUGAUAACUCGAAUUGGUCAUACAACAAUACGAGACAUGCAACUAUGGAUCAAUACCUACGGAACAGAAUGCGACUCCGAGCUAGAGAAACACACCACCAGCUCAAAGCGGAUUUAGUUGAACACAUUUGGGAGAAAUUUGGUCAAUCGACUAAUUAAUUUAUUUGAAAAAUAUAUUGUAAUAUUAUGUA